AUGCGCCGAACACAAACUGUUGAGACCCUGGGUUUUCCCGUUCUGACGGGCGGCGCGGAGCUGGGUGCGAGGCUCUGGCGGUACCGAGCGCUGCCGCCGUGCCCGUCACGUUCCGGGCCCCGGAGCGGAUCGCUCCCGCUCGGCCCGGGGACCGAGGGGCACCAAGGCUGGAACAGGCGGGGACCGAGCGGGGAUCGAGGGGGGGAACGAGACGGGACCGAAGGAGGGAGCGAGGCCCGGCCGGCUCCGCCGCCCCCGGGCCGGCCCCGCCCCGCCUGUCGGGUGCCGCGGUUGCCCGUCAUCUGGUGCAAGGCCUCAGGCCUGCUUCCUUCUAAGUUCCUGAAGGAGAAGUUUCUCAAUGUGAAGGAGGUGGCCAGCACUGGGGCGAGUUUUCUGCCCAAAAUUGGCCCAUUUCGACACAUGAGUGAGACUUGUCAAAAGAUUGUGUCUCCUGUGAAGGCACACAGGAGACCUGCUUGUGUCUCUGCACUGACAGCAGUGCAGCUGGAGAAGGCAGACAAAGCAGGGGAGAGUUUUCUCAAAUUGUUGCCAGUUCCUCCGAUAGAGAGCUUGCUCCAAGUUUCCCCACCAGAGAUGGUAUUUCAGAAAUUCGUCGCUCAUGAGGUCUCGGAAAUGGUACUGUCUCUCACAAACAAGGACAAGUUUACUCGGCUGGUGAAGGUCUACAUGGAGAGAUCACCUUAUUUUGAGCUGUUGUGCCCCAAUGAUGCAUACCACAUCAUCCCACCAGGCACAUCUUCCCAUGUGCGCAUCCGCUUCACCCCCGACGAGACCAAGGAUUAUUCCCACGAACUCAUCUGUCUCACUGCAAGGGACAGGAUAGUUGUGCCUAUUCAGGCCAUUGCUGCCCAAGCUAUCCUGGACUUCCCUGACCAGCUGGACUUCUCACGGUGCCCAGUCAAGUACAGCAGCCAGAAGACUCUGCUGGUUCGCAAUGUUGGUAACGUGGAAGCUCAUUACCAGCUGAGCACCCAGAGUCCUUUCUGCGUGAUUCCAGACAGGGGAACUCUGGCCGCUGGUGACACCAUGCAGGUGACAGUGGGAUUUCACCCGCUGACGGUCGGUGACCAUUCCGGGUCCCUGGUAGUGUGCUGCAACACAGGUGAGUGUAUCUGCACAAACCUUCACGGAGAAGCUGUAGAUGUCAACGUUGGGUUGAGCGCCAAUUCCGUGAAGGUUGAGAACACUUUCAUCACCACAUCAAACUACACAACCGUGUUCAUCGAAAACAGGAGUGACAUCACAGCCCACUUCCAGUGGAAGACUUUUCCUACUGAGGAAGAUGAGAAUAAACUGAAGAGAAGGCAGUGCUAUUUUCUGCAGCCACUGACAGAGGUAUCGCUGGAAAACUUCAUUGAGGAGAAGAAUAUAGAGCAGGAGAAGGGCUAUUGUGAAGAUAAAACUGCCCUUGUGAGCCACACAGUCCAGGAGGAGAUGGCAAAGGUGCAAGAAGACCCCAUGCUGUUCUCCGAUGACAUUUUUUCCAUUGAACCAGUGGAGGGAGAAAUUGGGCCGAACUGUUGCACCAAAAUCAAGGUGACCUUUAAACCUGUAGAAGCACUGGAGUAUCGAAGUGUGGCUUACUGCAACAUCUCAGGCCGAGAGAGCAGGCUGCCCCUGCACCUCAUAGGGGAAGGCCAAGGACCCUUCGUUGAACUCAGCUCUCAUACACUGAACCUUGGGAACAUUUUUGUCAACACCCCCUACGUCUAUGAGGUGAAACUGAUUAACCAAGCACCUAUUGAUGCUCCCUUCACCUAUAUCUGUACAACUGCAAACGUGGGCUACUGCUUCAAGUUUGCACCUGAGGAGGGCAUCAUUGCACCAGGUGGGAUCCAGACCAUCCAGAUCUCCUUCAAUGCCACCGUACUGGGGAGGUUUGAGGAAGAAUUCCAGUUCAGUGUGGCUGGAUCUCCUACGCCUGCAAUCCUGACAAUCAAGGGACAUGUCUGUGAACCGACUGUACACUUCAACGUCGAUGAGCUCGACUUCGGUGACAUUUCCUUUGGCUUUCCCUACACCAUGACCUGUCGCCUCACUAACCCCUCCCCAGCAUCCCUGAGGUUCAAGCUCCGCAUGUCUGACGAUGGCACUCAGCCUGCUCAUGAAAAAAGAACUGGAGGAUACCACACGUGGGUGACCCUGUGUUCCAACACCGUGAUGGAUUUCUGCCGGAGAAUGCUGGUGGACCUGGAGGGUAUUGGCAAUGGAGUGGCAUCAGUGACCAUCAUGGCCAGAUGUCUCGUUCCUGAGCUGCGAGUGUACCCUCACGUCCUGCUGUACGACGAGUGCCGCCUCAAGGUGCCCUACGAGAGGAAGUUCCUCGUUGUGAAUAACACCGACCUUCCUGGCUGCUACGGGCUUAUUCCCCAGAAACGCAAGGAGGACACUCCUGUGUUCUACUCCAGCCCCAAACCCUGUGGGAUUGUCCAGCCUCACAGCAUCGCAGAGAUUCCAGUUACAAUCGAAGUCCAAACAUUGGGCGAGCAUCGCACCAGUGUUCUUAUCAGCGUGUUUGGGGAUGAGAGAAACCCACGGGCCUGCAAACCCCACUGCUAUGUCAUUGAACCCAGAGAAGGAGUGAUCCCCGCUACGGGUGAUAUUCCUGUGACCAUCACAGCAACCUUGGAUGACACUGGGAUUUUUGCUGACACUAUUCAGCUUUUCAUUGGGAACAGCCUUUGGACCACCUUCAUGUUGCUGGCUGUGGGCACCGGCACCACAAUUGUCAUGGACAAACCAUUCGUCCCAGAGCUCAGCUUGGGACACCAGUUCAGGCUCGUUCCCUGUAUUUGUCGGUUCAAAGUAACAAACAGGGGCCACCAUUUCCAUCGGCUCUUCUGGAGUGUGGAAUGUCACAGCCCCCCUAAGAAGAAGGGCCAGAGCAUCCCAGCCCUCAGUAGCCCCCUGGCCGAAGAUGAUUGCCAGAGCCCCAAAGGCACCAGCCCCGUGUUUGGGCUGGAGCCACUGUCGAUGGAGCUGCAGCCGGGCGAGUCUGUGGACAUGGUGCUGCGAGGCUUCUCCCCCAUCGAGCAGUCAGCAAAGAAGGGCAGAGAAAUAACUUACACCAGCAGGACAGAGAAGAUAAUAGAAACAACCAUUACCUGCAAGUUUAUUGAUCCCUCCAUAGAAAUAUCAGCCAGACAAUUCUCUUUCUGGGUGGAGAAGAAACCCAGUGAUGAUGUCCUGACUCUGCAGUACAAGCCUUUGGCUUUAAAGAACACCUGCUUGCUGCCACUCGACCUUAUGCUGGACUUGGAGCAGCCGUUUCUGCUCUGCGAUGCGGACCAGCAGCCCCUCCCGGAUGGCCAGCCUGUGACAGUGGAUGUAGGACAGACCUGUCAUCUCUACAUUGCAUUUGACCCAUCUUAUAAACUGGAUUUUCAUAGCUGGAAGGAAGAGAAGGUUCUGAAGAUAAACAUGGUCAACGGCCAUCCUUAUGUGGAGUGUAUCACCCUUCAAGGAGAAGUCCACUUCCCCAAUCUCCAAAUCCAGCCCUGCACCCUGGAGUUUGGCUGCAUCCUGGCUGGCACUGCAGAAGGGCGUUCUCUGGAGAUAACCAACUGCAGCCCACUGCCUGUCCAGUACCACUGGUCAUUCCAUUCAGACGGCCAGGUGAACAGGCUGAGGUCCCUGUUCAUAGUUACAUUAUUUUCCAGGCAUGAGCGUUGCCCACCUAAGUUCAAACCCCAACCACCAAAGGAGAAGAGAACCUGCUUGGAUUACUCGGCAUCUCAAAGGAGACGCUUCAAGAUUAGAAAUGGGGAGGACCCAGCCACAGCCCUCAGAGAAUCGCACCUCCAGCUACAGCUGCAGUUUGCUCCAAGGUGCUCUUCUGCAUCCAUUUCCACACUGAACAUCUCAAUCGUUCCUGUCCUCCAGGUUUUCAGUAUCCUGCCGCAGUCGGGUGUGCUGCAGCCAGGAGAGAGACAGAAGGUCUCCUUCAGCUUCUUUGGCCACCUCAACACCAUCGCCAGUGUCACGGCGCUGUGCCAUGUAGAGGGAGGCCCCACCUACGAGGUGGAGCUGACCGGGGAGGCCUCAUGCAUCAGCUACUCCCUGAGCCUCCAGGAGAUCAACUGCGGCUUUCAGAUAUUUAAUGAAAUUCGUCACAGCACAGUCACCCUGGCGAACACUGGCAACACUGAAUUCAACUGGGUGCUAAAUCCUAGCACUGCAGAGCAACAUCUGCCUGGCGUGUUUCUGGUCAUCCCCCCCACUGGCUCCGUUGCACCUGGUGAGAAGCAAGUGCUGAAAUUCUCUUACAUGCCAGGAGUACCAGGAGCCUUCAGCAGGACUUUCCAGCUUAAAGUGGGUGACCUGGACCCAGAGAAUAUCUGCCUGAAAGGAGAAGCAUUCUUUCCUGUGAUCAGUGUGAACCUGCCCUGGAACAUCGAAGGAAAUGAAAAAUAUGAGAAGCUCAUAAAACCCCUGCAACAAUUCAGUCAGAGGAAUCAAUCAGUUGUUCAGAAGACUCAGAGUCCGAAGACUAAGGCCUUGAAGUUUCAGACUCCAAAGACUCAGACCCUGAAGACUCAGAACCUGAAGCCCCACGCACCUGGCUUUGGCACUGUACCAAACACUGAGCUGCAGAUAGAGACGGUGAUGAUGCUGAUAGAGGAGGCUGCCCUGGAGCUGCAGGAAAAGCUCCCAUCCCAUCCCCCAUACAGCAGGUUCCCUGACAAAAAGAUGCGCCAGAGUCUUGUCAAAGCUGGGAAUAGCCUGGACUUCAGACAGGAUGUGGUCCUGGUGGCUGUGACACUCUCCAUAGUUGAGCUGCCUGAAUAUGUGCUGGACAUGGGCACUGUACGUAAGGGUUACACUGAGAGACGCACCCUGGUGAUCACCAACCCUGGGCAGAUCCCAGUGUCCUUCCAGGUCGAUGUAUCUGCCCUGCAGGACACAGGUUUCAGAGUGAAUCUGGACCAGAUGCAGGGUCUGCCUCACAGACACACCAUAAUGUUUGAGGUGUGCUUUGAAAGCACCCGCCGGCCAUGGGGUGAUGUGGAUGUGCUGCUGCCCAUAGAGGUGGCAAAAGGCCCCACGUAUAACAUCCACCUCCAUGCCACUGUGUUGGGACUGUCGCUCAACCUCUCCAAGAACAUGCUGCAGUUCUCUGAUACCCUCGUUGGGCAGUGCCAGAUUGAGACAGUCCAGCUCUACAACUGGUUCCAAAUACCCUGCAAGUGGUUCAUUACUGCCAUCAAGCCUGUCAGGAAGGACAAUCAACGCAAACGCAUUACACCAGCCAUGCGUCAGAAGCAGCAGGUGCUGGAGGAUGAGCCCUGUCCCUUUGAAGUGACGCCCUCCAAAGGAACCCUCAAUCCAGGAAGGUGGCAGAACUUACAAAUCCAGUUUACACCCAAGCAGGAGAGGUCUUACAAGAAUGAGCUGAAGCUUAACAUUUGUGGAAGCAGCAAUCACUUAAAGCUGCACCUCUCAGGACAAGGUCUAGAGCCACGGUUGGAGUUUAGCCCCCCAGCACUCAAGAUGGGAUGGGUGCUGGUGGACAGUGAUGGGGUGGAUGCCACAGUGGUGGUGAAGAACCCAUGCAACUUCCCUGUUGAGUUUUACUCACUGGAUUUUGAUGAGCAGUACCUUGAGGAAGAGAAGAUCCUGUGGAUGGCAGCGGGGUCUGAGUACCAAAAGAACUUUCUAAUGCCUCCACGCACCGUGGGUGGGAUGCUGCCCCCAGAGGUGCUGGAGGACUGUGAAGCACAGAAGAGGCCGAAGGCUCAACAGGCAGAGCUCAAGGCCAUGGCAGAGGCCAAGGACAUGGCUGAGGCCAUAGACAAGGCAGCACCAGCAUAUCAUGGGGCUGUCACACCCUCUCCUGAGCCCAUGGUGGAAGUGACUGGGAGCCCUAUCUCUCAGGCUGUCAUGCGCCACCUGGGCAUCGACCCAUCUUCAGAGAGUUGUGAAGCACAGCAGGACAGAGGGAUUGUUGUUAUUGUCCAUGGGCCACCCCGGGCAGGUUCUUCCAAGGCCUGUCCCUGUAAUGCCUCGUAUGCAAGUGUCACCAAGCAGUCCUCCUCUCUCUCAGGAAAGACAGAGAUAGUGGUGGCCCUGUGUCACUAUUAUGACACUGCUCACUUGUCCAUUGACACCAUGGUGAAAGAGGCCAUCGCCAAUGAUCAGAGCCAAGCAGGGCGCCGCGCCCGGGAGCUUUGCACCAAGGCUGCCAUGGAGCUGAAAGGCGAAGACCAAGAUGAUGCUGGUAAAAAGCCUCUGCUUACUGCUCAGAGCAAGAACAAACAAGCCUCUGGAGAAAAAAACAACAUGAAGAAGAAGAAUCCCAAAGGCAAGAACCCUGCAGCACAAAAGAAGGAGCCAGCCAGCAAACCCAACAAAAAGGACACCAAGCAGCUGAACAUCAUCAGCAGUCAUGGGGAAGAGCUGAACUGCUUGAGCUGUGUGCUGCCCGAGGACCUGCUGGUGGACAUCCUCUGUGAGAGGCUGAAGCAUGAAGACUGCUCCAAGGGAGUGGUCUUUGAUGGCUUGGAGAGCCUCUUCACAAGCAGCCUGGAAUCUUCUCUGCUCUGUGUAUUCAAAGCUGUCAACAAUCGUCAUCAUAUCUACAUGGUGAACCUGCAUCAGGAUUAUGCUUCUUGGAAAGCCAAGGAGGAAGCUGAAAGAGAGAAGGAAGAAUGGCAGAGGAAAAAACCUAUUCAGAGGAGCACAGAAUAUGUCUUGCAAAUGGAUGAGGAUGAGGAUGAUGCCCUUCCUGAGAAGAAAGCUCUAGUGGACAAAAUAAUACCAGAAAGGAAGUGUAUACAGAGAGAGAGGGAGCUGAAGCGGCUGGCUCAAAUGCUUGAGGAGGAACCUUCAGCUGAAAACAAGCUUCACAAGACCAUAAAGCCUCAGGAGAAGGUGGAGAAGAAGCCUGAACAAAAAGGUGGAGGCCAAAGGAGUCUUCAGUCAUCUCAGCUGGAGACACAAAGUGAAGUUGCAGAAGGGGCAGUCAGAGAUGAGCAUGUCGGGGUGUGGUGCUUGGACAUCCAGGUCACAGAUCCAAAGGCCAUGAUUAGGGAGAUCCUGAGGGAUGGGAGGCUGCCAACAAAAGAUAAGAUGCUGAGACAUCUGGGACUGCAUCCCGAAGGGCCUCCCCUGCCCCCUGCUGCUGUCUUCUCCAUAGUCAACUACCCAGAGGAGUGGUUGGGUUCUGCAGAGUGUGUGAAGCCCUUCACCAUUGUUGCACCGGAAGGUGCUGCUAUGGAAGACAAUCAGGCCAAGGCCCCAGAUGCCAAGGGCAGUUCUGCUGAGGGCCAACCAAAGACACAUAAAGCAGCCAGCAGAGACAACUCUCCAAAGGAGAACCAUAUCUCCACACACAGAACAGAAAGUCCCCAGGAUUCCUCUGCAACCAGAUCCAACAGUGUGCUGAAAAGAGCCUCAACCCCCACAGAAUUCCACAGGCUGAAACGGUACCGAUGGAUUGUGCCUGGCCACGGUGAGGUGGAACUGAAGGUCCACUUCUCCACCAAAAGGCCAGGGAAGUUUGAGCACACGCUGAGGUUUGAGCUCGUGGAGACAAAGCGCCAGUACGAGCUGCCCUGCAGUGGCACGGGCGUGUACCCCAGCAUCAGCCAGAACCCGCGGCUGGUGUUUCCACAGUGGAGGGAGACCAUGGAGGCAGAUGAAAUCAUCUUCAAGGAAUAUGUUGAGAGCACAAAGCAAUUCCACUUUGGACCUCUGCUGUGUGGGAAAUCAAGAGAGUGGUACAAGGCCCGGAACUGUCCCGGCAACUCAGAGAAUUUAACCAUCCUCAACAACUCCCCUGUGGAUGCAGAGGUCCAGUUCUCCUUUGAGAAUGAUGGGAAAGCAGUGACAUUCCUUUUGGACCCUCCCAGCAUGACACUCAAACCAAAGGAGAAGCAGGAGCUGACCAUUUGGGCAUACCCCACUUCCCCUGGCUUCCUGGAAGACAAACUCAUCUGCUGCAUUGAGAAGAACCCAGACCCAGUGGUUUUCAGCCUGUGCUGCCAUGGGGUGCACGUGAUGCUGGAGGUCAGCCCCCUGGAGCUGUCUUUUGACAAGCUGCUUCUGCACAGGACUGACAGCAGGACCUUGGUCCUGAAAAACAACACCCUACUGCCCAUGGCCUGGCAGCUCACUGGGCUGGAUGACCUUGUUGAGGCCUUCUCCUUGUCACAAGAUAACGGCAUCAUUGAUCCCCACUCAGAGUUUGAAGUGACCCUGAAUUUCAAGGCCGAGCAGAUUGGCAGCAUUAAGAAGACCCUGCGACUAGAGGUUUCAGAUACAGGAAACAUCCUGGGGAUUGUUCAGGCUGAAGACAUUGAGAUCUCUGCAGAGGUCUGUGAUGUUUCUCUGAGUAUCGACAUGCCUGAAGGUCCAGAUGGAAGCUUGGAAUUUGGAACCAUUCAUGUCCUGGAAAAUGUGAAGAAAGUCCUGAGUCUAAAGAACAAAGGGAUACACAACAUUGAGUACCGUUUUGUGCUGAAGAAUGCAGGUCCCAGGAUGCAAGAUUUGGCAUCCCACUUCACUAUUGAGCCUCAGUCGGGCAUGCUGAUUGCCUCCCAGCCUGGUGUGAAUGUUGAGAUGGUCUUCCACCCCACAAGGGAAAUGGUCGUCAAGAACAAACCCAUCCUGUACUGCCAGGUGAUAGAUGCCAGCUCAGGGGAAGGAAGCCAGACUGUUGCCACCAUCCCAGUGAGGGUGUCGGCAAAAGCUGUGUACAGCAAGUACAGUAUUGAGCCUGCCUCACCCAUCAACUUUGGGGCCAUGCUCAAGGGCACCAAGAAGACCCAGACUGUUGUGCUGGAGAACAGAGGCAUGCUCAACUUCAAAUUCCACAUCCUCCAAGCACCCGAGGAUGCAUCUGCAUUGGCAAGCAAAAGCUCAAAGCAAGAGGAAUCCGCUCCACCAGCGACAAAGCUGAAAUCAAGCUCCUUGACACAGGGUUACCUCAGUCUUGGCAUGUUCACGGUGUCCCCCUGCUCCGGCUCUGUCGCUCCGUGGGGCCAGCAGAAGAUCACAGUGGAAUGCCUCGCAGGGCAGGAGGGGACAUGUGAGGAGCAGCUCUACAUUGACAUCAUGGGCAGAGACCUCAAGGACAAUCCCGUGGGCAUUCCCUUUACCCUGAUUGCCGAAUCCUGCCUCCCAGCACUUGUUGAGGAUGUCAUGUUAACCUUUGAGGAGUACCCGAUCUGCAGCAGCACCAACCUCAGCUGCAAGCUGCGGUCAGUCAAAGGCACGGGUCUGUUUGUCAGAGAAGAGAACAAAUUUGUCUUCACCAAGGUUCUGGUUGGGCAAGAGGCUGAAGCUCAUUUCAGUGUCUACAAUACAAGUGGUCUGCCAUGUGACGUGGUCCUCUCCAACAAACCCCUGCCUGGAAAGGAAAAAAGCCCUAUCAAUAACAUUUUCAAGUUGUAUCCUGACAUGAUGUCCAUUCCUGGCUCAUCCAAUGCCGUUGCUACGGUGACCUUCACCCCACCAGAGAAGCAGAACUACAGCUGUACUUUCAAGGCUUCCCUUGUCAUCCCAAAAAGCUCUGUGCAAAUUAAGCCCCAAACCCUGACCUUCACCAUCAGUGGGAAGGGGCAUGAGCCACAGGUGACAGUCGUGUGCCCAAGUGCUCGCAGCAAGAGGGGAAAUGCUGUGCUGCGCUUCAAGAGACUCCGGGUGGGGGAUUCAGAGAUGCUUCCCCUGGUCAUCCGUAACAAUGGCAUCGUACCUGUCAAGUUUAUGUUACACCUGGAGGAUGAGCACGGAGCGUUCUUCUUGAAAGGCAGGGGCUCCACACUCGAGAGAUUCUACACUGAAGAUGUGGAAGAGGACUGCGUUGGAAAUGAGAGCAAGCCCCCAGAGAAGCCUUUCUUCUUUCUGCAUCAUGGGCAAUCAACAAAUAUUGACGUCAUUUUCAAACCCACCUUGACUCAACAUCUGGAAGGGAAGAUUUGUGUGUUACUGGAAGACAUCUACUCUAAGAAGACCCUAAUAGAGCUGGUGGGUGAAGGCCACAAGGAUGAAUUCACCCUUGAUGGACUAGAGGAAGACACAGAUGAGAGGAGAGCUAAGCGCAGUCUGAAGAAAGACAUUAUUGAUGCUGUCAGAUUGAAUCACAUCCAGUUUGGGGACUGUCCUGUCGGGAGGCCCUACCGCAGGACCUUCACCAUCACCAACCAUACCAGUACGAAGGUCAUGCGCUUUGAGUGGGAGGCAGACGCCGCAUUCCAGUUCUCCCCCAAGAUGGGACACCUCCAUCCUGGCUAUGCCAAGGACAUCACAGUCACCUUGAAAUCAGAUGUUCCAGCCACCUUCAGGAGGCACCCUGUGAAAUGUAAGGUGAUCAAGACCAACUCUGAGCUACCACAAAGGAUGGUUCAGGAUUGGGAGGACCGAAUGUGCAUUGUCACAAUGGAGGAUACCACCAGGAAGGACAUGUCAGCCAGCUGGCCUGAGAAAGAGAAGAUGGUCCAGACAGCCCCAGAACCAGAACCGGCACCGGCUUACACUGUGGAUGAGAGCAUCCAGGAGGCCAAGGUGUACCUCAGUGCUGUUGUUGGCUACACCGAGUUCAAACGGAACCUGAUAGUGGUUCAGCUCAAGGAUACCUUGCCCAACCAGACAAGGAAAGACAUUUUCAGGAUACACAACACAGGAAAUAUAGCCCUGGAAUACAGCUGGAUGGAAGCUGCAGAUAGUAAAGCAGUGAAGAAACCAUACUCAACCACUCUGAUGCAUGACAUCAAAGACCUGCCACUGUUCUACAUCAACCCCUGCCACGGCAUCAUCCCUCCUGGCCAAAAGCAGAUCUUUCACGUGCUGUUCUCCCCAAAGCACGCGGGGAAGUUUAGGACCACCAUACUCUUCAGGACUCAUAAGCUGAAGCCGGCUCUGAAGAAGGUAGAGGUGAUUGUGAAAGGCAGAGCCCAGGAGCAGGAGAGUCUUGAUAAACCAAAACGCUCUGCGUUACGGCAGACAGACAAAGGCCAAGGACCCAAGAAGCAGGUGCACUGGAAACUAACACCUGAGUGA